UUUGUUAUUCAAAACUUGUGCAUUAAAGAAAAGGUUUUUUUUUUGUUGUCAUCACAAACGAAGGGUGACUUAUUACUCCAUCAUAUUUAACACUUUAAAAUGGCCAAUUUUUACGCAAAAGUUCGACAAUUAAUAAAUGAUUGUGAUAUUUCUUAUAUUGAACCAUUGUCGUAUAUAAAACAUUUUACAACUGUCGAAAAUACCAAUGCAGCCACAUUGGAUAAGGUCAUUUUGCUGUAUAAACGAGGGCAAGUGUCAACACCACAAAAAAUCAAGAAAAUCAAAUCUCCUACUUAUACAGAUGAAUCGUACAUGCUAGACCUUACUGGAUCGCCGCUCAAAGACUCUUGCCAAUAUGACUUGCUGAACGAUUCUCUCGGCGAUGAAUUGGUUAAGAAAAAUGCAUGGAAAGAUGAAGACGAGAGAUUUCAUCCCAUUCCAAUGUGUGAAGCACAAUCAUACUUUAUCAAAAUUUUGUCCGAGUCUCCAAAGGAAAGUACGCCAAAAUGUUGGGCAAUUUGCAGUUCAAACGACGAUAAAACAAUGCUACUGUCAACACAAAGGAAGGAAAAUAAAUGGUGUCGCGGAAUAUUGACAUUCAAUGGUGUUAUUAACUUUGAGCCGAUCAACUUAAUGGAAUUACAAAAGCAGCAUGUAAAUUAUGUGGUAAAACAAUACGGACCCAUUGAAGGUAUGGUUGAUAAUUAUUAUCGCUUGGGUAAUGAUGCCAUGCUACAAGUAUCUCGACCAGUAAACGGUUCAACGACACAAUCAAUACUAAACGAUGAAAAGACCGCAUCGAAAAUGGUUUUACAUCAAUCGAUUCAGGUGAAUAAUCUGCAAUCGAUUGCAAAGAAAUUUUGGAUUCAAUUGGACAUUUUAAAUAACAUCAAACAAACGAUUGUAUCGUAUAAAGAAACAAAAGAUCCCGAAUGCUUGACCUUCAAGGGCCAUAGUGAUAUUGCGGAGAUUAAGCAGGAAAUCUAUGAUAUGCUCACGCAGCCCAUAUCGAUCGGUCUCACUGAUGAGGAUGAUGUGAAUAAUCAUAAGCCAAAUACGAGCAUCGAUAAAAUCGUCGAAAAUGCCAGCGUACGAGAAAGCGGUGAACUCACUGAUGCACUAUGGGAUGUACUGAGAGGAUGUUCAUCGUACAAUGCUUUAAAAGAAGCCAUCGAGUAUAUUUUCACAUCAGCCGCCAAAAUCAAUGUUGUGAAUAUGCCAUCAAAUCAAAGCAGAUUGGCUCAUUUAAUUCGAGAUGUAUCUGAUCAUCGCAUUGCAAUACCGAGAUUAAAUGGGACCGAACCGCUAGAACUCUUACUUGAAAUUGGAAUGGAAAAAUUAAACAAAGACUACGAGUACAUUUUUGUUGAAGGCAAACUAUGUUCAGCGGAAGAUUUGCGGGUCGAUAAAAAAUUGACACUGGCAAAUGGUGAUUUGAAUGUACGAAAGUCGCUAAAGACACAAUUUUCAACGAAUGGUACUUUAGGCGGUGGACCACCACGAAAGACAUUGAUGCACAAAAUGAAUGAAGAAAAUGUGGAUUUAAAUGAUUCGAAGGAGAAUGUCGGUUUCCAGAAUAGUAAAUUUAGUUUGCGAAAUAUUGAAGAAGAUUUGGCACGUUUCGGACGAAUUCAUUUAAUAUUGGAGCAUUUAAUCAUGAUUAAAUUGAAUUUAAAUCUUGAAAAUGUUUUUACAACAUUCCUCGAUGAUUUGCGUAAGCCAAUGGUGCCAUUUAAUGUGCUCAAAGAGAUGAUUACCGAUUUUCGUGAGAUUCCAGUGACAAAUACGAAAAUUUUAACAAAAAUCGACAGCAUACCGUAUCGUCAGCGUGUUUACCUAAAAUCACGUAAUCAAUUCAAGAUCAUUCGAAACACAUUUUAUUUUAGCGCUGAUCCGAUUUUCCCGCCGCACGUGUUUAAAUGCAUCGAAAACAACGAAACAAAAACCGAUAUCUAUUUCGCUCAUCAAUAUUUGGAAAUUGAAAAUGUCUGAGCGAUUGAGUUUGGGUCACAUUGAUUUUAACAGCCGUUUUAAGCAUAUCCCUAGUCUGAACCAUAUAACUGGCUUGCAUUUGUCAUCUAAUUGUCUAUGCAUAUUUGUCGCGCUCAUUCAUUUCUCUAUUAUUUGAAACGUAAUCGAAUUUUAAGUAAACGUAUAAAAUUGAAUAUUUUCAAUAAAUGUCAAUGCUAAGA